GCGUGGUGGACAGGAUGGUGCACGACACAUAAUCCGAGUACCUUGGCGAGUACUGAUCCUCAGCAGCGCUAAGGAGCUAAGCGAUUUCGUUCGACAACAUGAAGGUCUUUAUCGUUCUCUCCGCCGUUUUGGCUUGCGCCGUCGGUUCGCCACUGAUUUACGCCAAGUUGGUGCCCGGUGCUCCGAUCGGCCUGGACGGCCGAGUGGUGGACACCCCGGAAGUGGCGCUGGCCAAGGCCGAACACGCGGCCGCUCACAUCAACGAGAAGAUCAAUCUGGCCCAGGAAGCCGUCAAGUCAGCUGAUCAGCACGUGAUCACUUAUGCCGCUCCAGGCAGCGUGACAACCGUGCUUGGCGGGUCGGAGCUGGUGCAACCGGUAGUAGCGACGAAACUGGUCCCCGGCGCACCGAUCGGACUGGAUGGACGUGUCGUCGACACGCCGGAAGUGGCCCUCGCCAAAGCGGAACACGCGGCGGCACACAUCAACGAGAGACUUGGCCACCAAGCCGCGAAAUUGGCCUCCCAUGAACAGCCGGCCAUCGUUCUGGGUCACGUCGCAUCCACUCCGUUCGAUCCACUUUACAUCAUUUGAAUCUGAUUUGUCAUCGAUGCACACCAGUAUUGCUCAUGUUAUUGUCGUGUAAAUAAAUUUGAAUUCUCUUGCGUGGCGUAAUCUUCAGAGUGUUUCAUUUCGACUUCCUUUUUGAGACACGAGAAUUUUUCCACAUCUUGUAAACUUAUUCUGUGGCUUCCGGGAAGCGUUUGAAUAAAUGUUAUUCCUUAUG